CCCCUCCACAUUUCCUUUCACCAUCACUUCAAAUCCUAGAAACUCAAUCUUUCUCAAAUCAAUUCAUCAAAAAAAUGUCUGGACGUGGUAAGGGAGGCAAAGGUUUAGGAAAAGGAGGAGCAAAACGACACCGUAAAGUUCUCAGGGAUAACAUUCAGGGAAUAACUAAGCCAGCAAUAAGGAGAUUAGCGAGGAGAGGCGGAGUUAAAAGAAUAAGUGGGUUGAUAUAUGAGGAGACACGUGGCGUGUUGAAGAUAUUCUUGGAGAAUGUGAUACGUGAUGCUGUUACGUACACUGAGCAUGCUAGGAGAAAGACUGUUACUGCUAUGGAUGUUGUUUAUUCCUUGAAGAGACAGGGAAGGACACUUUAUGGGUUUGGCGGUUAAUUUUGCUGUGUUUCUAAGUUGUUUCUAUUGUUGGGUCAAUGAAUCGAGAUGGUGUUUUGCUUAUAAUAUUAUGUAGGUGAAGAUUGUGAGAUCAUUGUAAUUGGUGGAUUUGUGUUUAAUGAAAUGGAUCUCAUUAGUAUAUCA